GGGAGGGCCAAUUUCCCACCAUGAUUUUAAAAGAAAAUAUUUAGUGUAAUUUCUUUAAGUUUUGAAUGAUACCACUGUUUAUAUACUAUAUUUUGUUAAUCUAUUUAUUUUUUCUCCGCGGAUUCAAAUAAAUUUUAGAUCCACCACUCACUAUAUAUAUAAUAUUAUAUUCUUAAAAGAAAGUAUGAAAACAUUUACAAAUGGAGUUGUAAAGUUUUUUUUUUCGGUAAUCAAAUGGAAUUGUAAAGUUGUAGUCCUAUAGAAGUAUUUAGUUAGUUACUAAACUCUCUAUGGGAAAUAAAGAUAAGCUAUUAUUAGUGGAUGGAGAGAAAGAACAACUUUAGUGGAUAAGUUUUGAAGUUACAAUUCAAAGUAUUUUUAGUUAGGUUUCAUUUGCAUUUGGUGGAAAUCUGGCAUAUGUUGACCAAACUUUUGCAUGGACUCGUCGUGCAUGGUGUUGUUUAGUUUGGGAGAUUUUUUUUUUUUUUUUUUAGUUUGGGAGAUUUUGUCUAAGCUAGCAUUCUUAGUAAAGAGAGAACCUUAUUUAUUUGAGUUUUAUGACAUUAAUUUUGAAAUAGUAUUAUUACUAAUACAGUAAGCUUUUAUAUAUCAACAAUAAUGUUGAAUUUGAAAAUAAAUUGUUUUUAAAAUAUUAUAAAUUUCUCAAAGUAGUCAUUCGCCUUGGUGAAAAAUAUUUUGUGCUUAAGAAAAUGAUAGUAAACGUAAACUAUUUUCAAACGUGUCCACCUCAAGUAGACAAAUAUUAAAAAGAAAAUAUCUCUUAAUUCAUGCAAAACAAUAUAUAGUUUUCGAAGUCUCCCCUUAAUUCACUCAUGGCUUCAUCCUUUAUAUAGUCUUACAGUCUCCUAUCUGUCGAAGCACUUGCAUCUAUCUACUCAUCAGAAUUUGCAAAUCUCCUCCAUAUAUAUAAGCCAAACUUUUAUCUCUCUUCAACAUUUCUCCUCAUUUUUUCGUAUAACCCGAUCUUUGAAAAAUGGUCGAGGGAGUGUCCAAGAUAAUGUGGAUUGUUAUGGCCACCGUGUUUGCAGCAACAGCGGCGGCCACACUAGUGGCGCAUGGUGAAGAAACGCCGUGUUACUUCGUGUUCGGAGACUCUGUCUUCGACAAUGGUAACAACAAUGCGUUAAAUACCAUUGCAAAGGUCAACUAUUUACCUUAUGGUAUAGAUUUUCCCGAAGGUCCAACCGGUCGGUUUAGCAACGGACGUAUCAUUCCAGACGUUAUCGCUGAACUAGCGGGUUUCAAUGAUACCAUUCCACCAUUCGCCGGAGCACCACCAGCACAAGCUAACAUCGGACUCAACUAUGCUUCCGGUGGCGGCGGAAUCCGGGAAGAAACCAGCCAAAAUUUGGGUGAAAGAAUCAGUUUGAGAAAGCAAAUAAACAACCACCAGUCGGCGAUUAUAAACGCGGUGGUGCCACCGAGUCAGCUACGGAGAUGUCUAUAUACAAUCAGCAUCGGAAGUAAUGAUUACCUCAACAACUACUUCUUGCAACCUCCUACCCCAGCUCGUCGUCAGUAUACUCCUGAAGAGUUUGCUGAAUCUCUCAUACGCUUCUACAAUAUUUAUUUGAAACAAUUGUACCUACUAGGAGCGAGGAAGGUGGCUUUGUUCGGAAUCGGUAAGAUUGGGUGUAUACCACGUAUUGUUGCUACCCUUGGUGGUGGUGUUGGCUGUGCAGAAGAAGUGAACCAAGCCGUUGAUCUCUUCAACAAUAAACUUAAAGCCCUAGUCACAGACUUCAACAACAAACUCUCUAGUGCUAAGUUCACUUACGUUGACCUCUUCUCUGGAAAUGCUGAAGACUUCGCCGCUCUUGGGAUCACUGUUGGUGAUAGGAGUUGCUGUACGGUUAACCCGGGUGAAGAGCUUUGUGCGCAGAACGGACCGGUUUGUCCUGACCGAACAAAAUACAUAUUUUGGGAUAACGUGCAUACCACGGAAAUUAUUAAUACAGUGAUAGCUAUCGCAGCGUUUAACGGAGACAUAACUUCUCCCUUCAGCAUAUCUCAGCUUGUGAAUUAGCUUAUAAUAUGGACAUGACUUUACUAGUUUAAGCUGUAAACUGGUUUGGUCAUGGAAACCAUAUAAUAUACAUAUACUAUCAACUGAAAAAUGAAUAAAACGAUUGUAAUAGUUUCCAGUAACAAUAAUAAUAAUAUUUUCACCUAUCUGAUUGUU